AUGCCCAGCUCGUGCUCAGAUAUCAGGGAGGCAUUGGCCGAAUGCCUGCAGGAGUCGGACUGCAUUAUGGUCCAGCGGCACACGCCGCGUGAGUGCCUGAGCUCUCCACUGGCAGAGCAAUUACCUACAAAGUGCCAGCAGUUGAAGAAGGGAUUCAGCGAGUGCAGGCGUGGUAUGAUCGAUAUGCGCAAACGUUUCCGAGGAAAUCACCCGAUCUCUAUGGGCAAGAGUGACGGACAAGGAACCCAGUCCGAGCAGCUGUAUGCUGGGCGUCCGGCGUAUACGACUGUCAAGGAAAUCAGCGGUGAUGAGGUGCAGAUGGACCCUGAGAAGACUCGUGGUCUGUAA